AUGGUAAAUAAAGUGUGGCGAGGCCGUCGCAACAAUCACCCCGUGUGGACCCGCACUCAAGCGGCAUCGGUCGACGAGCUCGCGGCGAUGCGCUAUCAUUGGCCGAUGGCUCUCCUCAGCGUCGUCCUACACGGUGCGAAAGUUUACGAUGGCCAAAAAUAUUGUCGUCACGAAGAACACGGAGCACAUUCACAGGGUAUCGAA